UGUUUUCAUGCAAUCACCCAGUUUACUUGCAAUGCUCGUCGUUUUGUAAGAAAUAAGAGUUGGAUAUUAACAAGUGGUGGAUGUACUGGGCCUGCGAUAUGAAUGCUACCUUGAACGUUCGUUCAGUUGCUUUAUACAAAUGAGCAUGAAAGAAAAAUACCAGUAAACCUUGUCAAAGGGUUCAAAUGGCAUAAUGCUGUCCAGCAAUUUGGUACCCAUCAUUUCAUGAGACUGGCAGUUUAUUAUGCAGACGCUCCUAUUUAGUGUUUCACUUUAUAUGAAUGCGGCUACAAGUCGUCUAGUUUAAACCUAUUGUGGCUUCAUGAUUUCAUUGGUUUGGAUCAAGUACUUGCAACUUCUUUUUAAAUAACAUUCGUCUUUUAUCCAGCUACUCAAGACUUGGACCCAUUACACAUUUUGUUUCUACCUGCACUCUCAUAUCCCCUGAUGGCCAGCACGAUCUUAGCCUCAUUCUUAGUCCACAUCAAGUCAAGAAAGUGUAUGAUUACCAAAAAAGCCAGCCUUUUUCCUGGGAUCAAAAAGGUAAUAUAGAGUCUGCAUCCUCUUUCAAUUUGAUUGGCAAAGAUAUAGCAGACCUGGAUCAUGAAUCAACCACCAUGCGCGAAUAUGCAGAUAUUGAAAAGAGCAGUCAUUCGUCCUUGUCACAAACAAUCCACCAUAAUCCGUCGAGUAUGCCGACUUCUUUUAAUGCCAACCCAGAAAUGCUACAUUUAAAUACUUCAACUCAAGCCACCACUGGCACUUCAAUGACUAUGCUACCAAUCUCUGUACCCAUGCCGCAUGAAUCCAAUAUAACCACAACCGACACAUUACCAUAUUUGUCGAAACCACAUAUUUCACAACCUUAUCCAGGAAACAAUGUGAUUCAAACUUUAUUUGGGUCAACUCUCUCUGCAUGUUUCCGUCUUUUAGAUCUAAAUGGACAAUGGGGUGCCUAUUUUUUAUUUCCAGAAAUAUGUCUUCGCUUAGAAGGCCUGUUUGCGUUAAAGUUUACCAUUCACGAUGUUAUGGGAUGCACACCAGAUUCUCCCAAACCUGCAGUAAUUUCUGUAAUCACACAGCCGUUUCGAUCUUAUAAUCCACGAACAUAUCCGGGGAUGCAAGUUUCACCACCACUUGUUCAUCAUUUUUUUAUGCAAGGCGCACCACUUCUGGUUAGAAGUAAAGUACCUACCAAGAAGAAAACGUUCGGUUCACCCACAAAAGAAGAGAAUUAGCAUAGAUCGACUCGAGCUAGAUUUGACAUUUGACUAAUCUAUAUAACACUUUUUAAUUUUUGAUGACAGAACAACACAUGAUUCAAUAAUUUUACUCAAUCGUAGCUUUUAAAGCAGUGAUUGGGUCUAGGGUUUCGAUAAAUAAAGAUGGUUUUAUUCGAAUGC